AUCAUUAAGGCACGUGAUGAAACACCUGGCCUAAAAUUUCCACGCUAUGCCGAAAAUAGCAACGACCUUGCAUUGCUCAGUUGCUCCGUGCUUGUGCUCCCGCUCGGCCCAAAUCAGACCAUUUCUUGAAAUCCAGUUCGCCGGCUUCACUCUUGCAACCAUUGACCGCUACCAACGUUGAAAACGAAGAUGUUCCUGCAGCGCUCCGCCGUCGCCAUUGCGCGCCGCGCUGCGGUCGCCCCGGCUUUGCGUCGCAGCAUCGCCACCUCCGCCGUGCGCCGCAAUGCCGGCGUUCCUGAUGCCCCCAAGUUCAAGACUCUGAAGGAGAUCAAGACCGAGGAGGACCUCAUCGGCCCCGGCACGCCGCCCGGACAGGUCCCCACCGAUCUCGAGCAGUCCACCGGUCUGGAGCGUCUCGAGAUUCUCGGCAAGACGGAGGGCAUCGAUGUCUUCGACAUGCGGCCACUGGAUGCCUCGCGCAAGGGAACACUUGACAACCCGAUCAUGGUCCGCUCUGCUGGCGAGGAGCAGUUCGCCGGUUGCACCGGCUACCCCGCCGACUCUCACAACGUCCUCUGGCUCAGGAUGACCCGCGACCGCCCAGUCGAACGGUGCCCCGAGUGCGGCAGCGUCUACAAGAUGGAGUAUGUCGGUCCUCAGGACGACCAUCACGACCACCACCACCACGGCUGGCAGGAACCCAAGACGAUGGCCGAUUUCGUCAAGCCGGAAUACUGGUAA